AUGGAAACGUCGUUCUCGACGGCUAAGAUGGGCUCUGUUGAAGAACCCAUUCCGGGCAACAGUCUUUCGUCUCGUCGUCAGCUAGCGAAGAUUCCACGCGAAUCGAAACUUAUGAUAAGGCAGUCUCCUGUCUUUGAAAAAGCAGCGACGAGUCGUUUAAAACCAAAAAACCUUAAAAACCAAAAGAAGAUUCUACACAAGACCAUCACUAUAUCUACCUCCAAUGUACGCACACUCAAACAAACAGGAAAACUUCAUCAACUGAUAUAUGGAUGCAACAAAAACAACAUCGAUUUGGUAGCGGUUCAAGAACAUCGUUGGCAAACCUCAGAACAAACAAACACAGCAUAUCAAACACUGAACGACGAAACAUGGCGCUUCGAAUAUUGCUCUGCAACACCAGAAGGUCACGGAGGCAUUGGAUUACUGAUGAAUCCUAGAAUGUCAGCAUUCUUCAGCUCUUCAGAAAAGAUAUCUAAUCGCAUAAUGGCAGUGCAUUUUAUGGGUAACCCAGCAAUAACCAUCAUCAUUACCUACGCACCUACAGAAGACAAAAGUGACGUGGAGAAAGACAUGUUCUACGACGACCUGCAAAGGUAUACACAUGAUGUUCCAUCACACAACGUCCUGAUACUCGCUGGAGAUCUCAACGCCAGAUUGGGAUCUGAUAGCCACACAACAAAUUCACGAGCAAUUGGCCAAUACACAUACCACCAUUCGACCGACGACAACGGCAACAGACUCGUCAACUAUUGCGAAGCCUGUAACAUGCGUUCAACACAAACUCGCUUUCCACAACCGCAAUCAAGAUCAUGGACCUGGCUACAUCCAAAUGGCAAAUCCAAAGCUCAACUUGAUCAUAUUCUUAUCAAUGGAAAAUGGUUGAAUUCAAUCCGAAAUGUUCGUGCAUACAACACAGUCGAAUUGAACUCUGAUCAUCAAAUUGUUAAAGACAAACUUGAACAACUCAAACAAGCAGCUUUAUCAAACCAAAUAAGAACAACCUGGUGUCUGGUCGACGAAAUCAGUGGCAAGCGAAGACACAAUAGUGCAUCACAAAUCAAAAGAGCAGAUGGAACUAGAAUAAAUUCAACAGCUGAACUAAAGAAUACUCAAGCAAUCCCACCAGCUCUUGAAGGCCUACCAAUCAACCAAGGUCUUAUUACACUUGAAGAAGUAGAACAAGCAGUCAAACAACUAAAAGAUGGAAAAUCACCUGGACUGGAUUACGCAAUAACACCUGAAGUGCUCAAGUAUGGCGGUCAAUGGAUAUUAAAUCAACUAUGUAACAUAUGCAACGGAAUUUAUGAAAACCAACAAAUACCAAAACAAUUCAACACCAACAUCAUAAUUCCAAUACCGAAGAAAGGCGAUAAAACGCUUACGGCGAACUACAGAGGCAUAAGUCUAAUGUCAGUUGCAGCUAAGACCUAUAACAGGAUCCUGUUAAAUAGAAUACGAGAACCAUUUGGCUCGAUUCUUAGAAUAAAACAAGCAGACAAUAAUGUCUCAGAAGAAUUCGAUGUGACGACUGGUGUUUUGCAGGGAGACACUCUAGCACCUUUUCUCUUCAUAAUCGUGAUUGAUUACGUUAUGAAAAAUGCUCAGUUAGAUCACACAGAUGAAAAUGCAGAAUAUGGCUUCAUAACCAACAAACGACAAUCAAGCCGCCAACCAGCAGCAACAAUACACGAUCUAGACUUCGCCGACGACAUAGCUCUUCUGGAAAAUAGUCUGGAAAGAGCCCAAUCACAACUCAUUCAAACAACAAAAAGAGCAAGCGAAGUGGGUCUCCAAAUCAACAUAAAGAAAACCAAAGUAUUGACCAACCAAAAUACAAUCAAUCAAUCAAUUCAACUAAACGGACAAGAUAUAGAAUGGACCAAUAAUUUCAAAUACCUUGGUUCAAUGGUAUUAGACAGUAAUACCGACAUUAAAGUUCGAAAAGGCCAAGCAUGGAAAGCCUUUUGGAGAAUGAAAAAUAUGUGGAAAUCCACGACAAUACCAAUACAGUUAAAAACCAACAUCUACAAAGCUUCUUGUCUUUCAAUAUUUUUAUUUGGCUGUGAAAGUUGGACCAUCACAAACAAACUCGAGAAAGUUCUAAACAGUUUCGCUACUAGUUGUUACAGAAUAAUGCUAGGGAUCAAACGACUCGACAAAGUAUCAAACAACACCAUAUACGGAAUAGUCAAACAAGAACCGAUGGUACAGAUAGUGCAACGUCGACAACUGCGCUUCAUUGGACAUUGUCUUCGAAGAAACUCAAAUGAAUUCAUCAAUCAAUACGCUCUAUACACACCCAGAUCUGGUCAUCGAAAACGCAAGCGUGGUCGUCCACGCUUAAAUUAUCCUGAUUACGUCGCAAGACUGAUCAAUAACGAUGAACCACCAACAAUUACAGAAAUACGAAAGACUGCUGCGAACAGAAAAGAAUGGCACAAAAUUGUUGUUGCCUGCCGACCUCCGUUGUUCGCGGCCGAAUGA